AUGAAGAGCCAUGGAAAUAAUGAGAGUCUUGUGGAGUCACUUAUUCAGAGUAAAAAAGACAAGUCUGAGGAGGAUUCAGUAUAUAUUGAAGUCUUGUUAUCACAAGAACAAAUUCCUUGGUCAGGGAUUGCUAAAGCUGCUUUGAUGGAGUCUAAGAAGCUGUGGAUUCUGUCUGGCCCUUCCAUAACUGUUAGCAUAUUGAAUUUCAUGAUGAGUGCCAUUUCUCAGAUGUUUGUAGGACACUUGGGAGAGCUGGAGCUUGCUGGGGCCUGCAUAUCCAAUGUGGGAAUCCAGGGACUUGCCUAUGGAAUUAUGUUGCGAAUGUCAAGUACAGUCCAGACAGUGUGUGGGCAAGCCUAUGGUGCCAAACAGUACAAUAUGAUGGGAGUCAUCUGUCAAAGAUCCAUUAUUAUAAUGACUACAACUGCAAUACUUUUGGCUUUUGUCUACUGGUAUGCAGAUCCUAUAUUGGUGGCAAUAGGCCAGAGCAAAGAAAUAGCUGCAGAAGGAGCCAUCUUUGCCAGAGGGUUAAUUCCCCAGCUGUUUGCCUUGGCAAUAAGUGAUCCCAUGCAAAGGUUUCUGCAGGCUCAGAACAUAGUGGCACCACUGGCAUAUUUAUCAGCAGGCACAUUUUUACUUCAUAUUUUGCUAACUUGGCUGGCUGUUGACAAGCUGGGAUUCGGCCUACUAGGGGCAGCUUUAACACUGAGUUUGUCAUGGUGGGUUCUGGUUUUUACUACUGCUGCUUACAUAUUCUACUCCCCUUCAUGCAAGAAGACAUGGACAGGCUUCACUCUCAAUGCUUUUACUGGACUCUGGUCUUACUUCAAGUUAACUUUGGCUUCUGCUUUUAUGCUGACGUUGGAAAUAUGGUAUACACAAGGGCUUGUGCUCAUUUCUGGAUUCCUGCCAAAUGCAGAGAUUGCUUUGGAUUCUAUAUCUGUCUGCAUGAAUUGUUUGAAUUGGAACUUAAUGAUAAUGUUGGGCCUCGGCACAGCAACAAGUAGACGCUAUAGUAACCAGUUGGGAGCAAGACACCCCAAGACUGCAAGUUUUUCAGUAUUGGUUGUGGUGAUCACAUGCUUACUUAUAAGUCUCAUUCUCUCCAUUGGAGUUCUUGUACUUAAGAAGGAGCUGAGCAUGGCCUUCACUAGCAGUACUGUGGUUAUGCGUGCAGUCUUUGAAUUGAUACCACUUCUGGCAAUAUCAGUUCUCUUAAAUGGCAUUCAACCAAUACUAUCAGGUGUGGCAAUCGGAUGCGGAUGGCAGGCGGCAGUGGCUUAUGUCAAUCUAGCAACAUAUUAUGUUGUUGGUCUACCCAUUGGGGUCAUUUCGGGAUUCAAGAAUGGCAUUGGAGUAAAGGGAAUAUGGUGGGGAAUGAUCGUUGGAGUAGCACUUCAAACAUUGGUCCUCAUUGUAAUUACAUCACGCACUGAUUGGAAAAAGGAGGUACAAAGUGCUGAAGAACGCACAAGGUACGAGAAACCCACCAUCAAAGAUUCAACUGCAGUAAAUCAGUAUGGAGAAAUCUUACAUUGA